CGCGGAUCUUGCCUUCGGGGCAAGCCCUUCUGGAGGAAGCCAAAGAUGGCAUACAAUAGGUGGCACCAUGACCUUCUGGCUGCGGCCUGACAUGGCUGCUGCUGUCUGAUGCUCUCUACAAGGGCCGUCUAUUGCACUCUCUUCCUGGAUGCUGCUGCGGUCGCUUCUUCCCACGCCUUCCUGUGACUGCUGCUGUGCCCAAACAAAUUUCUCUUCCUCAGCAACCAGCAACCAGCAAGCACCCCCAGCAGAGUAGCAGAGCACUCAAGGCAAGCAACAUCUCAUAGCAAUCAUGUCUGGAGAACUCGUCGUGCAGUCGCAAUCUGCUUUCCAGAAGCAACCGCACAUCUUCCUCAACGCAAAGGGCGUCAAGAAGCAGGGCGCAAAGCCAAAGCGAUGGUACAAGGAGGUCGGUCUUGGCUUUAAGACACCUAGGGAAGCCAUCAGCGGAGACUACAUCGACAAGAAGUGCCCUUUCGUCGGUGACAUCUCUAUCCGCGGCCGCAUUCUCACCGGAACCGUCGUUUCUACAAAGAUGGCACGUACCAUCGUCGUCCGUCGCGAAUACCUCCAGUACGUCUCAAAGUACCGCAGGUACGAGAAACGUCACAAGAACUUCUCGGCACACGCAUCUCCUGCGUUCCGUAUCAACGACGGCGACAUCGUAACUGUCGGCCAAUGCCGUCCGCUGUCCAAGACUGUCCGAUUCAACGUCCUCCGGGUCGACCGUCACAGCGAGGGUGCCAAAGCGUUUGCACGAUUUUAAGCAAUGUCUUCCUUUGCAAAAUUGUUCCUCCUAGCAUCCGCCAUACUCAAUCAUUUGGGCA